AUGAAGGUGAUCAUCGACGACGAGGAGUUGGACAACAUGGCCAUGGCCAUCAAGCGGGUCAGACGCUGGGCCGUGCUCGAGAAGGGCGGGUCGUCCAAUACCGUGUUCCAGAAAGAGUUCUUUCGGCGCGUGUUCCUUUGGGCGCAUGGAGGUGGCCAGAACCUGGAGGGCUGCCUCGACAUCACGAUGGAGACGAUCGGCUGCACCGAUUACGAGGCACUAGCUUGCCCGUACUUGAAGCCGGGUGCACGCAAGGGCCCCGAUGUUGACUCCUGUGACGAGGUGCCCGAGACCCUCGCCCCCGCCAACUCCAUGCUCUCUGGUGGUGACGACGGCUCGGACGGCGACGCCGAGGGUGUGGCCAUGGAGGAGGUUUCGACCUGAUCUUCUCUUUUUUGCCGGCGUUCUGUCAGGCGCGGGUGUCGAUUUCAUGUAGCUCCUUCAUGAUGCCUGACAUGUGUGUUUAAAUUCAGGCGUGCGUCGCCGCGGUUGUAUUGUAUGUAGGUAUUCUGACCGCCCUGGCGAGUUAAAUCAGGCACAAGGUUGUAGUGUUCUCUCUGGUGUGUAUUUUCCGAGGUGUGUCUUGAACGACACAACACACGCCAGAUUUGCAGCAAUGUGGUCUAGAGACCCGGUGCGUCCUGAUGGUACUAGUAGUUGAUCUCUGUAGCGCCACCAUUUAAUCUUAGUCUUGGGUGAUUUAUAUAAUAGUGCA